GGACUUGAUCCGAGGUCGUCAAAGCUUCAUUUCUCUUCCAUCAAUCUCCGGGCUGCUGGGCCCUGGUCCUGAUGCUGAGCACCCGAAGCGCGCACACCUCCGCCGGAGCAGGACAAGCCAGCCAAUGAAGAGCCCGUAUCCAGGAGGCGGGACGGGGGAGCUGCCAGUGACAGAGCCUGCCCAGAGAGAGAUGCAGCUAAUGAGGGCCUCGGGCUGGAGAGAGACGGUUACUCGUCCAAUGAGAGGCUGUGAGCAGCGGAGGCUGGAAGGCGGAACGGCCAGUGGAGCUCCGGGGCGGGGCGGGGAGCCUAGCGCCAACGCGCGAGCACCCGGGCCGCGGCGUGCUACCCCGGUCGCCGCCCGUCAUGGCCCGUGCAGCCCGGCUCCUGGCCUCGCUGGCCGCGCUCCUCGCCGCCACCGCUACAGGCGGAGACGCCCGGCCCAGCAAAAUCGCCGUGGUUGGGGCCGGAAUCGGGGGCUCUGCCGUGACCCAUUUCCUCCAGCAGCACUUCGGCCCCCGAGUACAGAUCGAUGUGUUCGAGAAGGGGACGGUGGGCGGCCGCUUGGCCACCAUCUCGGUCAAUAAGCAGCACUACGAGAGCGGGGCCGCCUCCUUCCACUCCCUGAGCCUGCACAUGCAGGGCUUCGUCAAGCACCUGGGAUUGAAACACCGGCGAGAGGUGGUGGGCAGGAGCGCCAUCUUCGGCGGGGAGAAUUUCGUGCUGGAGGAAACUGACUGGUAUCUGCUGAACCUCUUCCGCCUCUGGUGGCACUACGGCAUCAGCUUCCUGAGACUGCAGAUGUGGGUGGAGGAGGUCAUGGAGAAGUUCAUGAGGAUCUAUAAGUACCAGGCCCACGGUUAUGCCUUCUCUGGCGUGGAGGAGCUGCUCUACUCACUGGGGGAGUCCAGUUUCAUCAACAUGACCCAGCGUUCCGUGGCCGAGUCCCUGCUUCAGGUGGGCGUCACACAGCGCUUUAUCGACGACAUUGUCUCCGCCGUCCUGCGGUCCAGCUAUGGCCAGUCGGCAGUGAUGCCCGCCUUUGCUGGAGCCAUGGCACUAGCUGGGGCCCAAGGCAUCCUGUGGUCUGUGGAAGGAGGCAACAAGCUGGUUUGUUCCGGUCUACUGAAGCUCACCAAGGCCAACGUGAUCCAUGCCACGGUGACCUCUGUGGCCCUCCCCAGCACUAAGGGAAACCCUGUGUACCUGGUAGAGUAUGAGAACGAGGUGGGCACUGGCUCCGACGUCUACGACAUAGUGGUCAUCGCCACGCCCCUGCACUGGACAAACAGCAGCACCAUCACCUGAGGCUUCGACCCGCCCCUUGAUGUCACCCAGGACUCUUUCCAGCCCACCGUGUCCUUGGUCCAUGGCUACCUCAAUUCCUACUUUGGUUUCCCCGACCCGAAGCUUUUCCCCUUCGCCAAUAUCCUUACCACAGAUUUCCCCACUUCUUCUGUGCCCUGGACAAACAUCUGUCCUGUCAACAUAUCGGCCAACUUCCGGCGGAAACAGCCUCAGGAAGCAGUUUGGCGAGUCCAGUCCCCCAAGCCCCUCCUUCGGUCCCAGCUGAAGACCCUCUUCCGCUCCUAUUAUUCGGUGCAGACCGCCGAGUGGCAGGCCCACCCUGUCCACGGUGCCCGCACCACCCUCCCACGGUUCGCGCUCCACGACCAACUCUUCCACCUCAAUGCCCUGGAGUGGGCGGCCAGUUCUGUGGAGGUGGCUGUCGCUGCCAAAAACGUGGCCCUGCUAGCUUACAACCGCUGGUACCAGGACCUAGACAAAAUUGACCAAAAGGAUUUGAUGCACAAGGUGAAGACUGAACUGUGACGGCUCCGAGGCAAGGUCCGUCCGGAACGUCCAUCCCCUCCUAAAAAUGGGUCACGCCUGCAGCGGCCAAGGCUGUGAAAGCCGCACUCAUCGGCCAAGCCUCCUUCUGACCCCUCAGGUGUCGAGUGUCAUCUCCCUCCAGUACGGGUCCAAGUGGUCUGCUCUUUGCUUUAUCUUAAAGAUUCUCAGAGUGGUUGUUUCUUUUUAAGGGGGUGAGUCAGAGAAGGGAAAGAAAUUCAAGCCAGUGUAUUCAUUUUAUUUAUUUAUUUUUAAAGAAGAAAUAAAAAUCGUCAGCUGCUUCUGACUUGGUUUUCUAACUAGGAGACAGGAAUCAUUAGGGAGGGAAUAUAAGACUCCAAAUCUAAUUUUAUUAUUUGUUUUUACUACCUACUCCCAAAAUGUACCUGAGGCAAACACCAACAAUGAAACAUGUAGCCAGAUGGUUACAAAUAAAGCAGAAGGGAAGAUCAGAAAACAGAAGACAUGGUAAUAGCUCCUGCUUACGGUCAGCUUGCUGGAUGUGUGGUACCUAGUUAAGAACUUAUUAGAUACUAUCCAAGCUUCUCAACACCACCACAUGCUGGGGGAGA